UCCCGAGCUUAGGCGUCACUGAUAGCUCUGACACAUAUGGGGCUGGGGCAGCAGGGGUAAACGUCUAGGAAACACAGCCACAGAAGAAGAGAAAUCAUCAUCCACUUCAAUUGGAUUCCCUCUGAAAGGUUAGUUUAAUGAGCCCUUGCAUGAACCUGAUCUGUCUACGAUAUACGUAAUCUCUUUUCCCUGGGCACGAGUGCGCGAGUUUUCCAUGGCGUAUAAAUAACGGCUGCUCUUACGUUGACCAGAUGAGAGGAGAGGGAGGGAAUGCACAAGUUUAGAGAGAUCAUCCAUGGAGGCUGAUGGGACUAAUGAGAUUCUCCCAGCAACACGGCUCACCUUUAAAAAAGUUCAGUUUUAGUGGGAAAAUUGGCAUGGACGGCUGAAACUUAUCAGACUGAAGGAAUUAGUGAAAAGUACAUCCUGACCUGGAUCAAGACUGACGAGUACAAAGACCAAUAGGAGAGGAGGUUUGGUUUCUGAGCUUGAUACCGACCACCCCAUCACUCAAUUGACCUGAAUCUCAAGGGUGGUGAGAGUCAUUAAAGAAGCGAUGGAUGAGGCCACAGUGAGCGUUCAGGAUGCUGUGGUCAGCGAGGCUCUGGUUCAGUUCCAGUCCACCUUACAAGCAGCCGUCAGAGAGGUCCACGUGGACGUAAGUGCCUUUAAGCAGCGCAUAGAGCAGAGGAUUGAGGACCUGUGCCUUUCCCAUGUACCCUUAGCCGGAGCGGUGACCCGGCUACAGGAGGAGAACCUGCAGCUCAGGGUGAAGCUGGAGGCCCUCAGCCGCCUGGUGGAGGGUCUCGCUGGGGUCAAGAUUGGCAGAAGUCCUGCUGAAGUGGAGGGAAAGAGUGUGGAGGAGAGUAUGGAGAAUGGACACGUGCAGGUACAGUCCAAGAUCCAAGAAGACCAGCAGCUCAGCUCUGGGAGAUCUGAGAGCAGCCAGACGAGUCAGUCGGUCGCCUCAACAUUUCCAGAACCAGCAGGGUCUAUUGGUGGAUUAAACCAUGCUUCUGCUGCUGCAGCUGCUGCAGCCACAGGCAAAGCCCCGGCUCUUCCUCCAUGGAGAGCAAAGAGACUUGCUGAAAUCAACGGCAUUGAUGCAAAAGGAGACAAAAAUGUCGCACAAGAGAACGGGAAGCAAGAGAGUGCAGCAGCGGACUCUGACAUGGCUCAAACUGCUGAAGCCGUUCCUCAGCUCUACCAACCUCUCACCUCUGUCACCAAACCAAACCCAGAGACGUCUGCACUCCCCGGAUCUUUGUACUCUACAAUGGACAGCCUCAGUAAACCUGACCAGGAAGAAUCAGGUCUCUUCACCAAACCCCAUCAGCCGCUCACUUCAAUGACUAAAGCCAGCCAUGAGGCUCCAGCUGCUCCUCAGUCUGCUGCCAACACAGCUAAAGAAACUCCAGUAGAGUCAUCUGCUCAAUGUGAAAAUGAACCCCAGCCUCAUCUUCCUGUCACCGCCAUGACCACUAAAGCCAGUCCUGCCCAGUCUCCAGCACCAGUGCCCAAAGCUGCAGCUACAGCUGCCAGUUCAACAGCAGAACCUCCAACACGAGACGCAGGGGAAUAUCCUUUCAUGAGAGGCAUGUCUGGAUUAAAGGAGCAGAGGUCCCAGGUCUCCAUAGAGCAGUCCACUUCUGUAUCUCAUCUUCCUCUGACAGCUGUGACCAGAGGCAGCUCUGAGACUUCAGCUGCAACCAAAUCUGAUCCAAAUCCUGCGUCUGCACUGAAUCCUUCUGUGCCAGAAUCCUCGGCCAUUAAGAGAGGAGAAUACCCAUUUAAACGUGACGUCUCUCAGCCCAAACUACAGUUGCCUCUUUCUGCUGUGACUGCGUCAAACACAGAGUCGAUAACGUCUGUUACAACAACUCAGUCAUCAUCUCAGGACCCGACCAUCAAACCUGGGGAAUACCCCUUUAAAAGAGUACCCGUACUCAAGACUCCUAGUCCCAGCCUAAAGAGAAGUGUCAGCUUCCCUCAGCCUGCAGAAAAAUUACUUCCCUCCAAAUCGAUCAUAAAAUCAAAUUUCUCACCGAGCUUGGAGAAAAAAGCUAACAAGUCAGGAGGAGUCGAGUUUAAACAGGACACGAUGAAAGCAUCAACGCUUCCACGCGCCAAUGGUGCUCAGGCCAAACGGGCUCUCUUUGAGAGGAUGAACUCAGAACCUGUAAAAGCAAAAGACUCCAAGCCUAAACUGAAGCGCUCUCAGAGUUUUGGAGUGUCCAGUGCCAGCGGGAUAAAACAGAUUCUUUUGGAGUGGUGCCGCUCAAAAACCAUCGGUUAUCAGAACAUAGAUAUCCAGAACUUCUCAUCCAGCUGGAGUGAUGGGAUGGCUUUCUGCGCUCUGGUUCACUCUUUCUUCCCUCUGGAAUUUGACUACAACGCCUUGAACCCUGCAAACCGCCGACAAAACCUCCAGCAGGCCUUCACCACGGCAGAGCAGCAGGCUGACUGUCUGCGUCUGAUCGAGGUGGAGGACAUGCUGGAGAUGGGGGACAAGCCCGACCCCAUGUGUGUGUUCACAUACGUCCAAUCGCUCUACAACCACCUGAAGAAGUUUGAGUAACUCUGUAUCAGAGUAGAUUACAAAGCCUAGAUGUUACUGAAACACAGUGUGUCAUAAGCUCUCUGCAGCAGACCAAUAGAAAGCCAGCACUCAGCAAGCAUACCGGUAGAAACCACCGCAGUUUGAAUCACAGAAACAGUGACUUUAUCGGACCUUCGUCAUUUCUUAUUUAUAAUAAAUGUUGUUUAAUAUGUAGAAACCCAACACUGAUGAAUGAUGAAUAAAGCACUUCAUAACAUUAAGCAAAGUAACUUUGGCAUAGAAAAUCUUUCUAUAACAGGCAGAAACCUCGAGCGGAACCAGACUUGUAUUACUCGUGACAGCAGCUAAGACUGUGAGGGGGUUGUGGGAAAAGAAAUGUAAAUAAUACAGCAGCAACUAAAACAAGAAAUGAAACAGAUUUAAGGCUACAAUUCCAGUGAUAAGGGUAAAGGAUGUAUGUUAAUGGCAGUAAGAACAAAGAAUGAAAUAGACUGAUCAUAUUAGCAUUAAUGGUGUAAGACAGGGGUGUCAAACUCAAUAACAGCAGGGGCCGGAUUCUGGAUUUAGAUCUAACCUGAGAGCCUAUCAGGGUCAACAUCUAACCAUGAUAAAUCAUUUGGAAAUUGAAAGAAGUAAAAAUGAUAAGUUUAAAGGCUCAAAUCUGAGAUAAAAAUACCAACUUAUUAGUUCAAAAGAUCAGAACAUGGUAUUAAACGUAGAAAAAUAAUGUU